AUGCAGAAGAACACACUAACGGGGGGGGGACCUCCGGCUAAGAUAAAAGCUGCAGCCUCGAGGGCACCGUCCAGGAAACCAAGAAAUUACCCAGGUGUGACCAGAGCGCGAUUCUACCAAGCCCUCUACAAGGCGCGGCUUGAAGUUCAGAGGUUCGAAGGAGGAUUGUGGUCACAGAAUCAUGCAGGGUCGAUGUGGGUUCUGCCGCAGACACUUCAAGAACUCUGCAAAUUCCGACGGCUUUGUCAGCUUCAGUCCAACGCACUGGCCCGAGCUAGACGGGUAAUCGACACUGAGCGGGAUAGACCUCCAAGGGAGCCGACGGGAAACCUAGAGACACCUGAAUGUGACCGGUGUGGAAUAAAGGCACCAGAAGUGGUCCUUGCUUCGUUCCAUCGCUUAUGUCGGGGUUGUGGUGGAGCUGAAACACCAGGUGCUUCGGCAGACAUGUUUCAAACCUGCCAGGUCUGCUCUCUCUAUAGCUUUCAGCAGCCCUGGAGGACUUAG